CUCAGCUCUCGUUUGCGUGCUGCCCGUGUAGUCAAAGCGAUGCUCCCUUUACGUACAUUAUUGCGAUUUUAGGGUGAUUACUGAACUAUGAGAUCGAUUUAUUGUGACAUCGUGACACCACUGAACACUCGUAAACUUCUGUUUGACUCCUUUCUGGUUUGGAUGUUGGCGACACAUUUUCCAGUUCUCUGAAGUCAUCUCUGCACCACUGCAGCAACUGAAAUCAGAUCUUAAGACGUUCAGGCAUGCAUUAUUACACACUCAUUACAAGAAAGCAACAGGUGCGGUAGCUGUGACUAACGGAUCAGAUCUUUUCAAGCAAUGCUAUCACUGAGGUUUCACAGUUUAUACCCUUAGAAGUUCAAACAGGCAGCGGAUUAUUUCCACUCAUCAGAAAACCAGACACUAUUCACUUGUUCCAAGUAGUUUGCCCACAUAGAGAGAACGUAGAACCAGACAGGAUGGCCGAGCGCUACCAAAACAACAUAUACCACCAAAGUGACGGCGACAGCUACGGGACUUACGGGGAAGGUGAUGGAGGUGUUCACGAUGGAUAUGGUUACCAGGCCGAAUACCCUCCCCAGGAAGAGGACGCUGCCAGUGACGUAACUGAAGGUCAUGACGAAGAAGAGCAAAUGUAUGAAGGAGAAUACCAAGGUAUACCACAUCCUGAUGAGUCGAAGGUCGCACAGAGAGCUGCGAGGGCGAAAUCUCGAGCCGGCGCCGCACUCUCGGAACUUCAGGAGUUAUCUGAACAGUAUGAGGAUAUCAUGGAAGAUUGUGGCCACGGCAAGUUCCAAUGGACGCUCUUCGUGGUGCUGGGCCUCGCUCUCAUGGCUGAUGGCGUCGAAUGUUUUGUGGUUGCCUUUGUUUUGCCAUCUGCCGAAAAGGACCUGUGUCUGUCCAAUGCAGAGAAAGGGAUGCUGGGUCUGAUUGUCUUCCUGAGUAUGAUGGUGGGGGCGUUCAUAUGGGGUGGUCUCGCAGACAAAGUUGGCCGCCGAUCCUGUUUGGUUGUCGCCUUAGCUAUAGACUGCGUUUUCGUCUUCCUGUCCUCCUUCGCCCAGAGCUACGGCUUCUUCCUCUUCUUCAGGCUGCUCUCAGGCAUCGGUAUCGGUGGCACGGUGCCGAUUGUCUACUCGUACUUCUCUGAGUUCCUCCAGACGGACAAGCGAGGAGAGCAUCUUUCCUGGUUAUGUAUGUUUUGGAUGAUUGGUGGGAUUUAUGCCUCUUUCACUGCCUGGGGAAUCAUUCCGAGAUAUGGUUGGGGGUUCAGCAUGGGCACAGAGUUCCAGUUCCACAGUUGGAGGUUAUUUGUUUUGAUUGCAGCUCUUCCUGCCAUCGCCUCUCUGGUCGGGCUAAUAUUCAUGCCUGAGAGUCCCCGCUUCUUGCUCGAGAAUGCCAAGCAUGAUGAAGCAUGGAUGAUUCUGAAGCGGGUCCACGACACCAACUGGAGAGCCAAAGGACAGCCGGAAAAAGUCUUCACUGUGACACACAUCAAGGCUCCAAAGACCGCAGAGGAUGAGUUCAUUGAGAUUCAAAGUGCUACAGGAACAGCCGUACAACGCUGGGCUGUCCGUUCACUUACGCUCUGUAAACUGGUACUAAAGAACGUAGCAUCUCUCUUUUCUGCCGAGCUGAGGUUUGCUACUCUCUUCAUGGCCAUCAUCUGGUUCUGCAUGGCUUUCAGCUAUUAUGGCCUAUCUGUGUGGUUUCCAGACAUGAUCAAGCACCUUCAAUAUGAGGAGUAUGAGUCGAGAGUCAAGGUAUUCCAUAAAGAGAAAGUGGAGAACUUUCAUUUCAACUUUUCUUUAGAGAACCAGGUCCAUAAAGAAGGGGAAUAUAUCCAUGACAAGUUCAUCAAAAUAGAACUGAAGUCUGUGAAGUUUGAGGACUCGUUGUUUGAAGACUGUCUCUUUGAGGACAUCAAGUCCACUGACACGGUGUUUGAGAACUGCACCAUACGCAACACUGUCUUCACAAAUACAGAUCUGAAGGAGAAGUUCAUUGACUGUAAAAUGGAAAACAACACCUUUGAGCAUGACAAACAUGGCUGCCACCUGGACACCGGUGAAGAGAACGAUAUCCUCAUAUAUCUGGUCAGCUUCCUUGGCAGUCUGGCCGUGUUGCCCGGCAACAUCAUUUCCGCCCUCUUCAUGGAGAAGAUUGGCAGAGUCAAGAUUAUAGGUGGCUCGAUGCUGAUCUCAGCAGGCUGUACCUUUUUCCUGUUUCUGAGCUUCAGUCAGUCUGCGAUUAUCGCUCUCCAGUGUCUCUUCUGUGGCGUCAGUGUGGCUGCAUGGAACGGCAUCGAGGUGGUGACAGUAGAGCUGUACCCUGCUUCGAAAAGGGCAACAGCCUUUGGCGUCCUGAAUGCUCUCUGUAAGCUGGCGGCGGUUCUUGGCAGCUCUAUCUUUGCCAGUUUUGUGGGUAUCACCAAAGCCAUCCCCAUCCUGCUGUCAUUUGCUGCGCUGGUCUGCGGCGGCAUGGUGGCCCUCAAACUGCCUGACACGCGAGAGAAAAUUCUCCAGUGAGAGCUCACUUGAGGUCCGGUCGUGCGAGUGUUUAAGACAUGAUGUUGAUGUUGAAGUCUUGGCAGCACCGAUUGACUUUUACUGCACUCCCCCCCCCUUUUUCCAAUACAAAAUGCCAUCAAGUCAAGUCAACUCAAGAGUAUUUCUCGAGCACUUUCAAACAGCCAUCGCUGCAUACAAAGUGCUGUACAUGGAGCGAUUUAACAUACACAAUAAACAGUAAGACGAAUCGGUAAUAAAGGCGGUAGAAAGCACCAAGCAGUAAAAUCAAGAACAAAUCUAAGUCAUGUUCUAAUGUUAAUUGUUUUAUUUUGACAAUGUGUGUUUUGAGAGGUUGAUCAGGCAGCGUGUGAUGAGAUGAGCAUUAAAAUUGCGGGCAGGAAACAUUCAAUAAGAAGACACCGGUCACAUGAUGUGCUCUGUGUUGAAUAUAUCAUGUCGAUUGACCUUACAAUUGACGACAAAAGUUUGGAAUUGUCUUCCGGAAACAAAACAAGAGUCAAUGGUUAUUGUUUUGGAAAAAAAUGAAACUCCAGUUAUGAUGAGCUAACAUCCAGCUUGUCUAAAGGCCAUUUGUGUCCUUGUUAAAUGUUUACCUGGGUCAGUUCUAUAGACUGGUACAGUUAAGGGAGAGUAAACUGUGAACAUUAAAUCAAUAGGCCACAUUUUUUAAGUCUCCGUAAAUUAACGGCUAAAUCGCACCUACGCUUUUGGCCAAAGAUUUGCCAAACAACUGGUUUUUAUAACUAUCGUCUGUUAUGUAUUAUUAUUCAGAGUUGCUUUACACUGUUGAUGUUUAUUUUCUUUGCUGACACUAUUAGAGAGGUGGGGUGUGAUGGGGGUGAGUGCG